AUGAAAGUUGUCGUUGUGCAGCCCGAGGAGAAGCUACAAUCCAUGCCGAUCACAUAUGGUGCACUGGAACUGGAGGCAGCAGCCGCAUUGCUAAUGCUGCGCUAUCAGUACGACAUCAAAGUGGCACAGACGACAACAACAACAACAAUGCCGCCAUCACCACCGCCGCCGCCGACGUCAUCGUCGGCAUUGUUGCAGCCAACAGGUGGAGUAGCAGCACCAGCAAAAGUCGUCGUCGUCAAAGUGGACAAAUGCACACCCAAGGAGCAGGUGUGCAGUGGCAAUGCUGUGAAUCCCAUUGCGCAACCGCUCAAGAAACGCAGCAUUCCACAGCAUCUGCUACGACGUUCCUUAACGCCAGCAAAGUCAACGCCAGUUGCCAACAAAAGCAUAAUCAAAGCGAAGCUAAAAGUGGUGCCAGCAGCGCCGUGCAACAAAGCGCUGCUCAAAUCCUGUCGCAAUAUGAUCCGCGAAUUCCUGGACAAUCAGGAGCUGUUCUAA